ACCAGUUCUCCGACGCCAUGAUGGUGGCGUCCGAGCACGACAUGGCCGAAAUGCAGGUCGACGACGAUGGCCCGCUGGUCCGCCUCCCCAUCGUCCAAGCACCCCGUCGCCACGCUAUGUGGCGCCAGCGUGCCGUCCUCCAGCGCCGCCACCUCGUCAACAUACGGCGACCAGUCCCUCCACGAAUCUCCCGCGUGCUGUCCUCGCCGUCGCGCCCGUUGGCGCUGCCACGGCGGACAAGGGCGCGGACCCGCCACACUGUCCGCGACACACACCGCGCUGCCCGUCGGGAGAUCGUCCGUCGUGUCCGUGCACGCGUCGCACUGCGUAGGUCCCGAAGGCGUUCGACAAUAUCGCCACAAUGCGUCGGUGGCGUCCCGAUGGUCGUCGAAGACCCCGACCCGUACAACUACGACAGCGAUGGCGACGUUGACAUGGGCUUCGGCUUUGCACGAUCGCGUCUAGAGGCGGGCCCGAGCAUGCAUAGCCGCAGUGUUGUCGCGCUGCCGGAAGAGGACAUCGUCCUAGAAGACGCUGUAGUGGUACCCAGCGCACCCGUGUCGACAUGUCUCCCUACCGAACACGUCGCCACCGCACCACUUUCGAUGUUCGCCGUCUCCGCAACGGUUGCAGCUGAGGUAGUGGAGCCGCCAACAGCUGUGGCCGCUCCUACCGAAGCCGCGCCCACCACGGCCGCUCCUGCUUUCAACGCCGCGUCUUCCGUCACAACCCCUCCAGCUACCAACAGCGGCCUCAUCGCCAACGUGACUUCGCUACCUCUCCCCGCCAUCACUCCCGCCACUAUCCCUUCCGCGGUGGUCGCCAGGGAAAUACCCGUCCUUGACUUCCUCGCUCCACUUCUGAGCAGUGAAGAGACCGGUUGCAGCGCUCUGGAGGACGACGAAGACGACCCUUCCCAGUGGGAGGUGGUUGUCGCCCCUCUCCCGCAAGCGGCCCCUUUGGUGCCCGCAUCGACAGAGGAAGCAGCCGUUCGCUCGGAGCCCAUGAAUGCGAUGGUGUCCGAAAGUUCAUCGGUGCUCACUUCAAGUUCGCAGAUGGAGACGCAGACGAAUGUGGCUGCUUCGGAGCAAGCCCCAAUCGACACGACACCUACCAGAAGCUUCACGCCACCUCGUGUAGAGCAGGCGGCUCCGCUGCAGCCCGCGCUCACAUCGGCAGCUAGGCCAUCAGUCGAAGGAAUCGACACCGAAGCUCAGCCUGUC